AUGGCCACGACAGCACCGACAGCACGUGCAUCUGCUCUUGCACCAGUUGCCACUGCCCAUCCGACCACAACUGCGGCCGCGACUUCAUCGUCCAGCCGCAUUAACACUGGUGGCAACCCAGCUGUCGGGCAGGCACUGGGACAGCCUCGCGGCGAGUUACCUGGCACCAGUGUCAAAAGCACGGUGCCAAGCAGCACCGCCGCGACAUCCAACCAGGAUGCCAUCCCUGCUGGGUUCUUGGGACAAGAUCCCUUGCACUUCAUCGGGGCCAUCGUAGCUGGAGUUCUGAGCGCUUGCCUCUGCCUCUUUCUCGUCCGCAAGCUUUGCUUCGAGACGGACAAGCACAUGCACGUCAAACUGAAAGGAGACGAGGAGUCUGAGGGAAUGGAUGACCUGGGUGCUUCUGAUCGUGCUGAUCUGGGUGAUCUGGACG